CGGGCGCUGCGGCAGGGUCUAGAGCGAGCGUGAUCUUUCGACUUUUCCAGAGCAAGCACAGAAGGGAGGGGGGACCGGCGAUGUCGACGACGACUGAGGCAGCGAUGAGCGCCGCCGCUGCGCCGGUGCGGUGCCAGCGGAUCGGCUGCGACGCCAUGUUCACAGACGACAACAACCCCGAAGGCUCCUGCCAAUACCACCCCUCCGCACCUUUAUUUCAUGAUGGCAUGAAAGAGUGGAGCUGCUGCAAGCAACGAAGCCAUGAUUUUAGCUUAUUUUUGGCGAUACCAGGAUGCACAACAGGGAAGCACACGACUGAAAAACCAGUCACAAAAGCUGUUUCUGCAAACCGUCCAAAGGCAACACCAGUCCAGUCUUCUAAGCAGACUGUAGGAGACGAAGCCUGCGCAAGGUGUCGUCAGGGUUUCUUUUGUUCUGACCAUGGAUCACAGCCCAAGGUACAAAAACCAGCUGCUACUGAUGAUACAAACAAGGAACCUGUUGAGAAAUCCUCGGCUCCACCUCCCAAGAAAAGGAUCGAUAUAAAUGAACCGAGAACAUGUAGAAAUAAAGGAUGUGGUAAAUCCUACAAGGAGAAGGAUAACCAUGAUUCUGCGUGCGAUUACCAUCCAGGUCCUGCAGUUUUCCAUGACAGGAUGAGAGGGUGGAAAUGCUGUAAUAUUCAUGUCAAGGAGUUUGAUGAGUUUAUGGAGAUACCUCCAUGCACCAAGGGCUGGCAUAAUGCUGAUGCCGUGUGAAUUCACACCAUGCCUAUCUGCUUUCGUGUUGUAUCUCCUAGCAUGUAAGAGGCAAUCUUGCUGCAGUUACUUGAGGGUUUUACUUGGAAGUGUGACAAAAGCUUUGAGGAUGGGCUGCAUAUUAGCUUGCUCAUAGUGAUUGUCCCGAAAUCUUACAUGAUUCUCCUUGUACUCUGGACCUGAACUUGAAACCAUAUUUCUUCGCUGCUCGAUUUGAAUUGAAUUUGUAUCAGUUCGAAGCUCAA